CCUCCAUAUCUUUAGCUACGACAUGUCAAACCGAGCGAACUCUAGCUCCGAGAUGUUCUCAGGGGAAGCAAUGAUGAUGCCGCUGCCGAAUCCAUCCAGUACAUCAUCCUUCACUACUACUGCAUCAUCUCUCAGGCCGUUAACUAUUAAGAUGCUGAUGGAUUCUUUCAAUGAAGACACCGAACGCCAUCCAUUGAUUAUUGACGGCAUGCCGGUGUCAACGAUCGAUCUUACAGGCAUGGUUAGGAAUAAAUGUCUGAGCAUGGAUCACUGCACAUUUGACCUGUAUGACGGCACAGGGUUCGUAAAUGUACACUACUGGUUUGAUUGCCCUUGGGACUCCAUGGAUGCUUGGUCAUUCAACAAUUGGGUUUAUGUACGUGUCGUCGGGAGGGCUACUAGCUUGGACACUUUUUUCCAAAUCAAAGACUACAUGGUCAGGCCAGUAAAAAACUUCAACGACAUAACCCAUCACUUUCUCUACUGCAUCAAGGCUCAUAUUGACAUUUCUAGUCAGAGCAUGUUACAGAAAAAACUUGAUGCUGUUACGUCGGCAUCGAUCGUCAUGCCAAUAAGCCAUAUCACUCCAAGUCAGAUUCCAAAUGAAUGUAGUAUCAAGGAGAAGAUAUUCUCCAUUUUGCGCGACCCAGCCUACCGUGAUAUAGAACAUGGGGUGAGCCUAAAGUUACUUCGCAGUGCGGUUGGCGCAAGUCAAGACGAUAUCAUGAAGGUGAUAGGAGAGCAACUCCGGCUCGGUGAGAUGUACACUACCAUUGAUGAACGACAUUUCAAGUCUUCGAACUAAUGAUCUUCUGGCUGAUCUUACCUUAUUAGUCUGUGUUGAGCAUUAUGUUUAUGUCGG